AUGAUCCCGUCGUCCCUCAGCACGCUCGUCGUCCUCGUCGCCCUCGCCGUCGGCGCACGACCCGCGUCGCUGCUGCACUCGGUCCCCGAGGACCCGUAUGCGUUUCCCAAGUACCGCGUCACCUUCCUGAAUGGCAACCCCGUUCUAAACGAGACUGCCGAACGAUGGCUUCAGCACGGUCUCCGCGGCGGCGAACCCGAGUUCCUCGAACAGCCGUGGGCUGACGUCGGACACGACCACUCGGACGCCCGCAAGGAGAUCGGCCAUGCUGACAAUGAGCAUGCCGUCGAGUCCCUCUCGCAACCGCCUCCAGCCGGGAGCUCGCCAUACUCGGUCGAACUCAUGAGGCUCGGCCCCAAGAACCGCUUCUUAUGUCUCGUCCCCCCGCCUCUCGAGCCUCCGCCCCAGGAACAGGAGGAAGAGUUGCGCGAAGUCACGCCCGCCCACAGCUGGUCCCUUCUUCAGCCACUGACCGGCACAUGUCUCUAUGCGUGGUUCACCUACUCGUACUGCCAUAACUCUCACGUGCGCCAAUUUCGAGAAAUGGCGCACGCGCAUCCACAUCCUCCGGGUGGCUACAUCCCCGAAGAAGACCCCGAGUGGGAAGCGUACACCCUCGGCCGUGCGCCGCCGAUCCCCGAACCGGGCACGGAGCUUACCGUGGCCGAGCAGAACGCGCUCGCCGCCAACCUCGACAUCGCGCGCGGCGCCGGAUCCCGCUACCUCGUCCAGCGAUGGGGCGACGGCACGGUGUGCGACAAGACCGGCAAGAAGCGCGAGAUCGAGAUCCAGUUUCACUGUUCAAUGACGACGACGGACCACAUCCUGUUCGUGAAGGAGACGAAGACGUGCUCCUACGUGCUCGUCAUCCAGACCCCGCGCCUCUGCGGCGAGCCCGGGUUCAAGUCGCGGCAAGAGCAGCGCGACGAGGCGCUCAUUCGGUGUCGAGAGAUCGUCGACACGCUCGAGAACGUCGACCGCACCCUGCCGGAGGCCGACGAGUUCUUCAAGCGGCCGGCGCGGACCAAACCUGUGCUUCCGCCUCCGCCUCCACCCCCGCCGGUCACCCUCCCCAAGGCCAUCCCCGGCGCAGGGAAUGACAUGCUGCGCAAGGCCCUCGAAGCCUUCCUAGGCAAAGAACGACUCAAGGACGGCGGCGAGCUGCAGGCCGGGGUGCUAAUUGAGAAGCUCGGCGAAGACGGCGAGAUCGUCGUGGAAUUCAUCGGCGAAGAUGAGCUGGACGUCGACCUUGGCGGACACGGCGAGGACGGAGGCUUCGAGACGAUCGACGUCCGCGAUCCGGACACGCUGACGGCCUUAUUACGUGCCGCCGGCUUUGACGUCGCAGGCCCGCGGGACGAGAAAGAAAAGGCAAAAAAGAAGUCUACGGAGAGGACGAAGGCUGGAGAGGCGCCCGCGCCUGUGCCCGAGGCCGAACCCGAGCCCGCGCCAGUGCCCAGGGACGAGCUAUAG